GGAGGUGUAUGGCCGGAGUGAGGGCCUCGCAGACCUGCGGCGGCUGCGCUACCAGAGCACCCGCUUCUGAGUCAUUCUCUGGGCCCACCCUGCUGCCCGGGGUGGGAGGGAGGGUGACGGGCCUCAUAUUUCCUGUGGGCCAUCAACCUAUGACCCCUAUCCCUCACCCCCAGCUGGAUCAGUCCAUUUCCUGACCUGGGGGCUUUCCCUUCCUGAUGGGGCUGGUCUGGGCCACACAGAGACAGAUCUUCCUAGGAAGGCUGGGGUGGGGAGAACACAACCUAGGCGGCCCCUCUCUUCCACAGCCCCUCUCCCAACCCCACGAGAGGGGCCCCGGUCUGCCACAUAGAGGACUCCCACACUGCAUGGCCCCUCAUCCCCAAACCCAUGUCCACCAGGACUCUCUCUCGGGCCCUGUGUCCUGUGGCUGUCUCCCAGUAUCUGCUCCUUCUCAUGCCCCUGCAGGGCCCCGGCCUGUCUAUGAUCCUGCCUCCACCAAAUUGAAGGUGUGGGGAGACGAGUGCCGUGGUUGGGAGCUGUUCAGCCCACUCCUGACCUCUUCUAGACCUAUGGCUUUCCUGUCCUGCAGCCAGAGCUGGAGGCCAGCACGGCCUUGCCAGAAGCAUCCAACUUUGAGACUUUGCAGGCUGCCAGAGCCCAGCCUUUGGGGGUUUCCGCAUGACCCUUCUCGGGAGACUUCUAGGAGGAUUUAUUCUCCUGGCAGUGCCGAGGGCAGCCUGCACCAAGCUCACAGUUCUUCCUCCAAGAGGAUAUUCAAAGGGCCUGUCAUUUCAGCAUCUGCCGGACAGCAGAACUUUGUGGGCAAGAUCCUGGAGCUGCGUUGGGUCUUGAAUCAGGGACAAUGGAAAUAAGUGGGAAGGUGUGAAGGGAGUCAGAGGGCUGUGCCAGCCGCCCCCCUUCCCACCUCCAGCAAUUCACUUAACUUUCCUGAGUCUCAGCUUUGUCAUUAUGAGAAUACAUAUAUUUAUAAAUAAUCAUCUGUUUCUCCAAUGUAAGAUAUUAUUGUUAUUGCAGAAGUGAUACUAGGGUCUCAUUAUACGAUGGCCUCAUGAUAUAAUUUAUAGCAGGCUUCAGAUUCUGGCAUAGAAUAAACAGAUACUUAUCCAAGGGUUCACUAAUUCCCUAAUAAAUGCCAGGAACAUUCAUGUACA